AGGUCGAAGUGGAACUGUCAUGUCUACCUUGGAAGCAGCUCGGGCAGGAGUGUGAGAAGGUAAUGUUUACUGAACGUCUCUAAGCGUCUCUGAGCGCAGUGGUCAGGUCAUGCUGGCUGUAUGAGCGUCUCUGCGGGGCCGGAGUGCUGCGGAGGGCUCGGGAACCUGGACUACUCUCAGGUGGACAUGUCUGUGCUGUCUGUGCUGUCAGAGCUGGUGAAGCAUGUUGAUGUGAUGCAGCCCCGCUUCUGUGUUGCCGUCAUUGCCAUCAUCUUUAACCCUUUCUUCUGGAAUGUGGUUGCCAGAUGGGAGCACAGGACGCGGGGGCUGACGCGGCUGUUUGGGAGUCCGUAUGUGGCCUGUUACUGCUUCGGGACCCUCAUCCUGCUUCUCAACGUGUACCGCAGUCACAGUAUUACAGUGGCGAUGAAGGGUCAGCCUCAUCUGGAGCUGAUGGACAGCGUGCAGGUGUACUAUGCGGGCGCUGCACUCCUGGCCAUGGGCUCGCUGUUCGUCAUCAGUAGCUUCCUGGCCCUGGGCUUCACUGGGACCUUCCUGGGCGACUACUUUGGCAUCCUAAUGGAGCAGAAGGUGACUGCGUUCCCAUUUAACAUCAUGGAGAACCCAAUGUACUGGGGCAGCACCGCCAACUACCUUGGCCUGGCCUUAAUGAAUGCCAGUCCUGUGGGGGUUCUCCUGACGGCAGUGGUGGCACUGUCCUACAGGGUGGCCAUCUCAUACGAAGGGCCGUUCACUGAGGAAAUCUACCGGCAGAGGAGCCAGCGCUGCAAGCACAAAUAAGACUGGAGUGUGUUUGUUUAACAAUCACACCAGACGCCCCCGUCCACCACCACCCCCCACCCAGCGGUGUCCAGCGAUGUCCAGCGAUACUGCUCAUAAAGCAGCCUUCCACACCAGGAGGAGGAGACGGAGAUCUGUAUGUCUGAAAAUCAUCAUCGCUCACCUUUAUCCACUUUACAAGCAGCUGCUUUAAGUUGAACAACACCACAACCCUGUUAGACACGGUUAGACUCUCUUGUACGUCCAGCUGUAAGAAGGAACACUGAUGAUCACAGUGAGGAGAGGUCAUUUAUUUCUCUUCCUUAAAGAAAUGUUCUCAGCUCAGUUUAGUUAGGACCUGUGGAUUAAAGACUUCCAGAUAAAUGAGAUUUCUGUGAGUGUUAUUAAACGCCAGCUGGUCAAAUGUGAUAGAGAUUGUUUGAAUUAAACAAACACCAUCACUG